AUGCGUGCGGUGUUGGCAUAUUUUGUGCUGCUCCACGUCGUUCUCCAUUGCCUAGUUAAUACCACACCCCGGGGGCAACGCAACCCAAGCAAUUUUGCCGCAAAAAUUCGCGCGUGUUGUCCGUCGGCGAUGGACCAGGUGCAACGGAAGAGCAUCCUGAGGUCAGCCAAGACGCUGUCGCGGACGCGGUCAGAAGAGCAACCCAUGCUGUCUGACCUCGGUCAGCGGCGGGAGGUGGUUCUGAACAUCGAUGGGAACGGCAACGCUCCCGGCGCGGACGUCGUCGGAGCGGCGGGGAAGCCGACGGCCAGCAGGACGUUGUCGACCGCCGCCAGCUCGCCGGCCCAGGGGUGGGCCGACGCGAGCUUCGACUUCUGGAGGAACGAGGGCGGCCCCGCGCGCCGCGUCGACGACUUCAGCUUCAAGAAUCGGUCGGCGUCACCGCAGCCGCAGGCAUCGUCCCCUUCGAUCUCGCCGAAGAAGAAGGCGGAGGAGGUCGGCGUGGACCCGCCCACGCGACUCAUCGGGAACUUCCUCCGGAAGCAGAAGGCCGCCGGGGCCGAGCUGUUGCUCGACCUCGACAUGGAGCUGGACGACAUCGGGAGGUCGUCACACUCACACGCGUUCUCAUCCAACUCCCGAGAGCAGGAGGCGCCGCGUGUCUCCUUCAAGGACCGACAGAGCUCCUCGUCCUCUUCAUCCGGCUCCGAUUCCGAUACCGGCGGCCGCCGUAGGCCCGCCGGCGAUGACGGAAUAUGCAACACCUCUGCUUCCACUCCAGCGGGACCGAGACCAUUACUGCGAGCCAAGACGCGCUCCCGGCUCACGGACCCGCCGCCGCAGUCACCCGCGGCCGUCGACGAGGAGCGCAAGAAGUCGUCUGCCAUGCGCCCUCCCAAGUCCGGCCAGUUUUCUGGGCGUAUGACCGGCAAAUCCGGCCAGUGGCACAAGUCGGGUCCCAUCGAGGAGGAGGAGGAGGACCCGUUCAUCGACGACGACAUCCCCGACGACUUCAACCGCGGGAAGCUGGACGCUCUCACCAUACUGCAGUGGGUGAGCCUGGUGAUCAUCAUCGGGGCACUGGCGUGCAGCCUCGCGAUAAGGCCGCUGUCACGGAAGCGGCUCUGGGAGCUGCACCUCUGGAAGUGGGAGCUCCUCGUGUUGGUGCUCAUCUGCGGCCGCCUCGUCUCCGGCUGGGCCAUCCGGAUCGCGGUCUUCUGCGUGGAGCGCAACUUCGUGCUGCGCAAGCGCGUGCUCUACUUCGUCUACGGCGUGCGCGGCGCCGUGCAGAACGCGCUCUGGCUCGGCAUGGUGCUCGCCUCCUGGCACUUCCUGUUCGACGAGGGCAUCAACACGGCGGUGCUGCCCUACGUGACCAAGGUGCUACUCUGCCUCCUCGUUGCCACGCUCGUCCGCCUCGUCAAGACGCUUCUCCUCAAGGUGCUCGCCUCGUCCUUCCAUGUCUCCACAUACUUCGAUCGGAUCCAGGAGGCGCUCUUCAACCAGUACGUCAUCGACACGCUCUCCGGGCCACAGCUGGUCGACGAGGACUACGUGAUCGCCGAGGUGCGCGAGCUCCAGCGCGCCGGCGCAGACAUCCCGAAAGAGCUGCAUCCCGCCUUGCCAACCAAGAACCUGUCGGGGCAAAGGGGCACCCGGGUCUCGGGUUUGAUCUCCAGGGGAAUCAAUCCGCUGUCCAAGGAGAAGAAGCGGCGUGAGGCUGAUGAAGGGAUCACCAUUGACAAGCUCCAUAGGCUCAACCAGAGAAACGUCUCGGCAUGGAACAUGAAGAGGCUCGUGAAGAUUGUUCGUUUCGAGACGCUCGCCACAAUGGACGAGCAGAUCCAGCAAGCAACUACAGGGGACGGGGCCGAGUCAGGGACACAGAUUCACACCGAAUAUGAGGCGCAGCUGGCCGCCAAGAAGAUCUUUCACAACGUAGCCAAGCCUGGUUCCAAGCACAUAUACUUGGCAGACAUGAUGCGCUUCAUGAAGCAGGAGGAAGCCAUCAAAGCUAUGCAUCUUUUUGAAGGAGCACAAGAGCACUGUAGGGUCGGCAAGAAGUCUAUGAAGAACUGGGUGGUGAAUGCAUUUAGAGAGCGCAAAGCUCUUGCCCUCACACUUAACGAUACAAAAACAGCAGUUAACAAGCUCAACCAGAUGGCCAAUGUUGUUGUUGGCCUCAUAGUGUUUGCUCUUUGGCUUCUAAUUCUCGGCGUAGCGACGACACAUUUCUUUGUCUUCCUCAGUUCGCAGCUUCUUGUGGCAGUGUUUGUAUUCGGAAAUACCUUGAAGACGAUUUUUGAGGCAAUAAUCUUCUUAUUCGUGAUGCAUCCUUUUGACGUCGGCGACCGCUGUGAAAUUGAAGAGGUUCAGGUCGUUGUGGAGGAAAUGAAUAUCAUGACAACAAUCUUUCUUCGUUACGAUAAUUUGAAGAUCUAUUACCCAAACAGUGUGUUGGCCACCAAACCAAUUUUUAAUUUCUACAGGAGUCCUGAUAUGGGAGAAGGAGUUGACUUCUCUGUCCAUGUUGCCACCCCGCUGGAAAAACUGGCGCUCAUGAAGGAAAGAAUACUACGUUACAUUGACAGUAAGAAGGAACAUUGGUACCCCGGUGCGAUGGUUGUCCUCCGGGAUGUAGAUGACACCAACAAGCUAAAAGUGUCCAUAUGGCUCCGACACACACUCAACUUUCAGGACAUGGGGAUGAGGUUCGUGAGGAGGGAACUCGUGCUCCAAGAGAUGAUCAGAGUCUUGAAGGACCUCAAUAUUGAGUACCGGAUGUUGCCCCUUGACGUGAACGUGCGAAACGCGCCCCCUCUGCAAUCCACAAGGAUGCCGACGACAUGGAAUUAUUCAUGA